AUGGCGGCCACGAUUCUGGCAACCAUGUUUAACCCACGGUUCCCGGUAAUGCCCCGAGCAGUUCUGAAGCCGGAAAGCUACAAGAUGAAGGUCCCUUACGAGCUGAAGGAGGGGCAGUCUCGUCGUUUCCAUGAGCUCCCCUCUGGGCUUAACAUGGAGUUCAUCGUCCAGAAAGGGCGAGACCAGAAAUCUCGGAAUCUGCCGUUGGUGUUUGUCCAUGGAAGCUUCCAUGCGGCUUGGUGCUGGGCCGAGCAUUGGUUCCCUUUCUUUUCUGGCCAUGGUUUUGAUUGCUAUGCUCUGAGCUUGCUCGGUCAGGGAGAAAGUGAUUCGCCUGCAGGGUCAGUAGCAGGUUCACUCCAGACUCAUGCUGCUGAUGUGGCUGAUUUUAUUGCAAAGGAGAUUCAGCUCCCGCCAGUGUUGCUGGGUCAUUCCUUUGGGGGUCUUAUUGUUCAGUACUACCUCGCAAAUGUAGAGAAUCUGAAUCCAUAUCUGUCCGGCAGUGUUCUUGUUUGCUCCGUACCUCCUUCCGGAAACAGCGGCCUAGUUUGGCGGUAUCUAUUCACCAAACCAAUCGCAGCGUUUAAGGUGACACGGAGUUUGGCUGCGAAAGCUUUCCAAACUAACUUACCACUUUGUCGGGAAACUUUCUUCUCUUCCACCAUGGAUGAUCACCUUGUCUCUCGGUACCAAAAGCUGAUGACCGAAAGCAUGCAGACGCCUUUAUUUGAUCUACGCAAGCUGAAUGCAUCGCUGCCAGUUCCUCCCAUGAAAGACGCCUCCAUUAAGGUUCAUGUUGUGGGAGCAGCUGAUGACUUCAUCGUGGAUGCGGAGGGAUUGAGCGAAACCGGGAGGUUCUACGGGGUCUCGCCUGUAACAGUCGACGGCGUUGCCCAUGACAUGAUGCUCGAUUGCUCAUGGGAAAAGGGUGCACAAGCUAUCCUCUCAUGGCUGACAACUUUGGACUAAAUUAUUCGAUUCGAAUUUGGUGUUGAAGUUUGGAAUAAAUUUGUAUUUUUAGUAAUGAUUUUGAUUCCAAAGAAAUAAUAAUCGAAACCAUUGUUCUGUAGGGAAAAAUAAAUUGCUGAGUUAGUUUGAAAGGUAGAGUCAUUUUUAAUCAUUU